CGAUCAGUCUCUCAUAGUCAGCGAAUAGCUGCGUAUCGCAUCGCUGCGAUCGAGCGCCAAAGAAAAUCGAGCCGAGGAAAACGUAUUUCCACUUGCCUGACCAUAGAUAUUUUGCUGGCGCAGCUCGCACUCGCGACGGCCAAUGAAAAGUGCAGUGAAUGUACCAUUUUUACGAUUUUUUUUCCUGUUGCGCGGUUGCCAGUGCGAAAAGAAAAGUAAAGAAAAGUGCUAAUUGUGCAAUUGCGAUUGCAAUUGAUUGACAACCCGAACGAUCGAUCGGUCCGUCCAUUCAUCCAUUUUCAUUUUAUCGCGAGGGGGCAGUGCGUUGGAUCGUUAGAUCAUUCAAAGUCAAAGAUGCAAACAUGAAGCCUGCCGCCGCCGUCGCGAAUUCGAAUUGAAAGGCAUUAAAUAGAAGGCAGCGAAAGGCAGAGCAGCAGACGCAGAUCAUCGCAGAUCACCGCAGAUCGCAAACAACAACCAACGAGUGGAGAAGCGAAAAAAUGAUGCCGCCAAGACUGCCAGGCGGCCAUGGAGGAGCCAUGCGUAGUCGGAGCAGCAGCAGUGGCCACCACUUAAACACAACGUUUCACAAGCGCCGACGGAGGCGACAGCAGCACCACAUCGGUGGCAGCCACAUCAGCAUCAGCCACGGCAGUUACCUGGCUCUGCUACUGCUGUCCACCACCUGCUCCCUGGUGGCCACCAGCGCCUCCUCUUCAUCCUCCGCUGCAAACACAGACAUAGCGCCACCAGAUCCACCGCCGGUCAGCCAGGUGUCCAUCGCCUCCAGCUCGCCCUGCGCCCCACAGCAUUGGUGGGACUCGCAGCGAGAUCGCUGCACACCGUGCACCCGCUGCCAGGGCGAGAUGAUACCGCUGCGACCCUGCCAGCUACACACGGACACCAUCUGCGGUUCCAUAUACGACCUCAAGAUCGACUGGGUUGUCUUGGCCAAGACCGAACCCAACUGGAAGGAGCGCCGAAAGUCCUCCGAGUAUGAGCACUUCGAGCACAAUGCCCCACUGCAGCACCUGACCCACGAGCAACUGCAGCAGCUGCACGAGGAGGCGGCCGCCGCCUGGGUCCUUGACUGGCAGACUGGCGUUCUUUACGUGGCCGUGCUCACAUGCCUGGUCUUCUUCUCGGUGGCCGCCUGCAUCCUCAUCCACCACAUGCGCCAGUGGCGACGUAUGGAGCGUCGCCUGGACCAGGACGCACAUCAUCAUCAUCACAUCGUCCACGGGCGGGCGCUUCUCUUGGGCAACUUGGAACUUAAUUUUCGUGCUCGCCGCCUGAGUUUAUAAAUAAAUGAUAAAUUUUCUGCCGCUGGCCUCGUUCUCCGCCCACUCCCACUGGCCAAUGGAGGGAAAUUGUUUACAAUUCGCAAUUCGAUGUGGAGGAGCUGUCAACCAAGCUGAUGGCCAAGCUGGCGGAGGUGCAGAGCCUGGACGGAGGCACCUUCUUCAUCGGCAACGCGGACGCCUUGCGAGGACUGCCCGCCUCCGCAGCGACGACGCAUCCAGCAACGACGCAGUCGGGAAUCUUCCAGCCACAACACGUGCUGCUGCCUGAGAAACGCGGCAAGCAUCAGGAGCGACGAAUCCUGAAGACCCUGCAGCCCGGCAAUGUCUACAUUGAGGAGAGCAACGCUGGAUUGGGCGGCAUGGGCGUGGGCCUGGGCGUCCGCGGCUGUUCCGGCCUGAAGGGCUGAGCCGUAGAUGUGGUCAAGGGACAUACUUAAGGAGUGGCUAUGCAGGCGCACGGACGCAGGACGCGGGACGAAGCGAGAAUGGAUCCGGAACACGAUACGCAAACGGAACCGGAAACGUAAAUGGAUUAGAGAAAGAACUUUGUACAAACAGCCGCUUAAAAGUAGGAGGAGGACGGAGGAAGGAAACCGAAACUAUUAUUAUUUUUUAUAUUAUUAAUCUUAUUCUAAUUAUUACGACUUUUUUUUUGUCCUAAUAUUUAAUUGAAUCGUUAUGUUGACUUGUUUGUAAUGCGCGGACAGUUGAGGACGCGGGCUUCCCGUUGUGUGGGAAUCCCGAGCGAUGCGGCAAAAUGUUUUGUACAUACUCGUAGAGAUGAGGCAUGUGGCACCGCCCACGUAUACCCACGUAUAUGAUAGAAGCGAUUUAGAUUAACAAAUCUCUACUUAAUGUAAAUAUUAAGGCGAUCGAACACGCGACCCCAAACGCAACGAACACACAUCGUUGCGGAGUGGAACGAAACCAAGUAAUAUUGGCAACAUAUCAGCUUCUAUAUGCAUGGAACGCAUAUAGACGCACGUAUUGUUAACAUCACCCAUAUCCCAUAUCCUAGUACUAGUAUCCAGAGUAAACAGUAUCCUAUAAUCCCACCAACAACACACACGUACAUACAUUUAAACGAGUUAAAAUAUCCAACGAGAGCAUUUUCCGGCUAGCUGCUACCCCGAGCUUAAUCGAAUUAACUGUAACAGUAAUGAUAUAGAUACAGAUAUAACUACUUAUAAUAAUGCUAAUUAACGGAUAACUAUAUCGAUAGGGAGAAAUGUCUAUGUCCUAAGUGCUAUCAGUGUGCAACAGCAAUAAAAACCUUUAUGAUUAUACAAC